AUGAAGGCAUUCAACGCCACCGACUUGGUCUUCGCAACCUUCCAGGAAAACACAAAUGCCUCUAGAAUAGACUUCAACUAUUUUAAAAUUUUCAUCCAGGAUAGAGACGAGAUUGCAUUCACAACCAACGACGAAAUCCAUUUUGGAGCUAGGUACAUCCAAAGUUUCGCCGGCAACUGGAAUGGGAAUGGAAAGGCUCCUCAGGCUUUGAUUGAAGGGAUUGCCGAUUUCGUGAGGCCGAAAGCCGGAUACGCGCCGGGUCAAGGAAACAAGUGGGAUGAGGGUUUUGAAGUGACUGCCUAUUUUCUGGAUUAUUGCAAUGGUUUGAAGGGUGGGAAUUUCAUAGCGGAAUUGAAUGAGAAGAUGAGGUAUGGUUAUAGUGAUGCUUACUUUGUUGAGCUUCUGGGAAAGACUGUUGAUGAACUAUGGAGUGACUACAAGGCUCAAUACGGUUCUUAA